CAAGACAAGACACCAGAACUCUUUAGUCUUCUCUUCUCUUCCCACUUGUAUCUGAUCUUUUUUGUGUACACAUUUGAGUUAUGAGUCAAAUACAGUGAGCUGAAGAACUUCAAUUUUGGAUUUGAAUGAGCCAAAAUUUGAGUUGCAACUUGCAUGCAUGUAUGUUUUUUUUUUUUUUUUUGAAAGUAGCAUGCAUGUAUGUUCUUUAUUGCCCAUGUUGAUUUUCUGACUUUUUAAUUCCCAAAAGCUACUCUAAUUGCAGUAGGCACAGAAUUCAAGAAAGAUUUUGAGUUGUUGUGUGUUUGAUUUAACUUUUACAUAGCAAUUCAAUGUGUGUUUACAUAUUUCUGUCCUUAGUUUGAAUGUGAUUUUAACUAGUUCAUGUCUUUCACGGUAUUGGUAUUGAAGUGAACGUGUUUUUAUCCAAUUUGAACGUAAAUACAAACACAUUCAGAAAUGGAUUCAAGUAUUGGGCAUCCACAACAACACAAUUCUGGUCUAUUGAGGUACCGUUCUGCUCCAAGCUCAUUUUUAGCAAGCCUUAUUGGCAACAACAACAAUUUUGGCUGUGUGAAUGAGGAAGCUUUCACAAGUGAGGAUCAUCAUCAGGGUUAUCAUCUUCCAUCCUCAAGUUCAGAAAUGGAGACCAUAUUGUCCAAAUUGGUUUCAUCCAACCACAGAUGGAGCAAUUCAGAACCUAUGCAAGAGUUUGGGGACAAGCCUGUGAAGCAGGAAAUUAGGGAGUCGGCUCAAGAGAAUGAUUACUCUUAUGGAGGAUCUCAAUUACUUUACAAUUCAGAGCAAAUUCAAGGGUUUGAAAAUGGUUCUUCCAAUGGGUUUUAUAGCUCUUUGGGUUUAGUGAACUCCAUGGUUUCAGAGAAAUCAACUCAAUCUAAAAUGGGUGUCAGCAAUUGCUCCAAUCUCAUUAGGCAAAAGAGCUCCCCUGCUGGAUUUUUCUCCAAUGCAAAUGGUUUUGCAGCAACUAGUGGGUUGAAUGGUACUGAAAAUUUCUCAUCUAGGCUACCAUCCUCUUGCUUGACAAGGAUGCCACAAAUAGCUGAAAACAGAAAUGAAAGCUUAGAAAUAAAUUGUGACCAAAGUAACCUGGAAAAUUACAAUAGCAGCUCUAAAUCUUAUAUGCCCAGCUUCACCAGUGAAAUCUGGGACAAUUCUGCAUUCCAUUCCCAGAAAACAGAAUGUGAGGAUGAAAUCGUAUUUUCUACUUCAAAUGGUUUAGAAUCUCAGGAAGAAGAUUUUUGCUAUCAAAAUCUUGGUUUGACUCACCAUUUGAGUGUUCUUAGUCCUUCUGCUAAGAUAGCAUCCAUAAAGAAGUUUCUCCAAAUUCAAGGAUCUGUUCCUUGUAAAAUUCGAGCCAAAAGAGGCUUUGCCACUCACCCAAGAAGCAUUGCAGAAAGGGUAAGAAGAACACGGAUUAGUGAAAAAAUCAAGAAACUGGAAGGCCUUUUUCCAAAAUCAGACAAGCAAACAAGCACAGCAGAUAUGUUGGAUUCGGCAGUUGAGUACAUUAAAGACCUGCAAGAACAAGUUAAGACACUCACAGAUUGUAGAGAAAAGUGCAAAUGUACAAGGAAUGAGAAGCAAUACUCUAGAUGUUGUACAUAACUUAUAUCCAUGUAGACAGGAAGGAGGAUUUCUUUUUAAAGGAAAAAAAACUACUUAAUGUGUAGACAAGUUGGCUAUUGUAAUUAUAGAAAACAAUGAUUAUUAAAUGUCUAGUAUGAACUUAGGUAUUGGUGAUCAUUUUAUUUCACUUUUUUAUUUCAAUUUUCCCUGGAUUUUCUUUUCCUUUUUAGCUUGAUUUAAAGAUCAUUAUGUACUAGCACCAAUAUUUGUAGCUCUUCAAUUUAUAUAAUAGAGGUUUUAUUGCAUUACAA